CAUCCAUACAACGCCUUUCAAAAAUUUCUUGAGACUAAUGGCGGUAUCUCCUCUGCUUCAUUUUGUUCCUUCUCAACCCUUAAUCAGUCCUUCUCAACAUCAACAUGCUCGUUUCGUACAGUUGGGAACUCUGCGUUUGUGCUCGUAUAAAAAUGCAUCUUUUGCUAGAAAACAUGCCAUCGCCGUUGAGAUGCCCAAAGCUGCCACAGCCACCACCACCACCACCACCUCCACCAGUGAAGAGCUCGAUACUGUCAACAUAGCCGAAGAUGUAACCCAGUUGUAACAAAUUGGUAUAGUUGAUUGGGAGAACACCGAUGAUAUAUCUCAAUAAAGUCACAAAAGGCUGCGUGGCAAAUGUUGCUGCAAAACUUGAAUCCAUGGAACCUUGCCGGAGUGUCAAGGAUAGAAUUGGUUAUGGUAUGAUAUCUGAUGCUGAAGAAAGUGGUGCAAUUUCUCCUGGAAAGACUGUAUUGGUUGAACCAACUAGUGGAAAUACUGGACUUGGUAUCGCCUUUGUGGCGGCAACCAAGGGAUAUAAAGUUAUAGUCACCAUGCCUGCAUCCAUCAAUCUUGAAAGGCGGAUCCUUUUACGUGCAUUUGGAGCAGAGGUGGUUUUGACCGACCCGAUGAAAGGUAUAAAAGGGGCUGUUGAUAAAGCUGAAGAAAUUGUUCUAAGCACACCAAAUGCAUACAUGUUCAAACAGUUCGAUAAUAUGUCUAAUUCAAAGAUCCACUUCGAAACCACUGGCCCAGAAAUAUGGGAGGAUACCAUGGGUAGUGUCGCCAUAUUUGUUGCAGGAAUUGGAACUGGUGGUACUGUUACAGGCACAGGGCGUUACUUGAAAAUGAUGAACGAAGAUAUUAAGGUAGUUGGAGUAGAACCUGCAGAAAGGGGUGUAAUCUCACGAGAAAAUCCAGGUUAUGUGCCAGGCAUUUUGGAUGUUGACUUGCUUGAUGAGGUUCUGAAGGUUACCAAUGAUGAAGCUGUUGAAAUGGCGAGAAGGUUGGCUUUGGAGGAAGGUUUGCUGGUUGGAAUAUCUUCAGGAGCUGCUGCAGUUGCUGCCAUACGGGUAGCAGAAAAGCCUGAGAAUGCUGGAAAACUUAUUACAGUAAUGGGGUCAUAUUUCCAAGCUUUGGAGAGAGGUAUAUUUCCAGCGUCCUUUUCAAUUCUAUCUAUGAAGAGGUUCGUGAAAUGUGAUAAACACUGUGUUAGAAAUUUUUUCUAGACAUACAAGCCAUCCAACAAUAGUCUCUUCCACACACCAUCAAAGUAGAGAGCUGCCAUUUUUCUCUGGUGGCUAAAACAGACACAAUUGCUACCUCUCCUGGUUCCUUGUUUCUUGUCAAGCACAGAAAUCUGAAAGUAGUUUUUGGAAAAAAUGACACAGACCGUCUCGUCCAAGUUCUAAUAGGAACGAUAUAAGAAAUCAAAAGAUCCAAUUUGUUAUAUUCUUGACGAGCGGCUUUACCAUUUUUUUUAGUGUAACCUGGUGCAGUGGAUAUGAUAUCUAAAGAUGUUUGGUCAUCGACCUAAUGCUUGUGUA